CUUUUAUCUCUCUCGCGGUACGUCCAUUCUCCUUCGCUGCUAUUUCCUCGACAGAGCAUUUGUUCUUCCAAGACCAUGUUCAAAAAUCUCGCCUCUUCUUCUACUUUCCUCUCCAACUAGCUUCAGAUCCGCCAUCCUCAUUCCACUCUCCGGCGUAACCAUUUUCUUCCAUUUCUGAUCCAUCCGCCUUCCUCCUUCUGCGAUUGCCCAGAAUAUUUGAGGUGAGCUUCACUUGAAUUUUAGUACCAUCAAGGCAUCAACGAUGAAGAAGGUCUUUGGUCAGACUGUCAGGGAUAUCAAGAGAGAGGUCAAUAAGACGGUGCUUAAAGUUCCUCGAUUGGAGCAGAAGGUUCUUGAUGCUACUAGCAAUGAGCCUUGGGGCCCCCAUGGAACACUUCUUGCAGAGAUUGCUCAAGCAAGCAAAAAUUAUCAUGAGUGUCAGAUGAUCAUGGCAGUUAUUUGGAAGCGUGUUAAUGACUCUGGCAAAAAUUGGCGGCAUGUAUACAAGGGUUUAACUGUCUUGGAGUAUCUGGUGGCUCAUGGAUCCGAACGAGUAAUAGACGAAAUCAAGGAUCAUGCAUACCAAUUAUCAGGCUUGUCCAGCUUUCAAUAUAUUGAUUCCAGUGGAAGGGAUCAAGGAUCAAAUGUACGAAAGAAGUCGCAGAGUCUUGUGCUGCUAGUGAAUGAUUCUGAAAGAAUCAGUGAGAUUAGGCAGAAGGCUAAUACUAACAGGGACAAGUUUCGAAGUGCAUCAUUAGCUGGUGGAGCAUAUAGGCCAAACUCCAAUGCUGGGGGGUAUGGAGACCGUUAUGAUGAUGAUUAUAAUGAGGGACGCUAUAGAAGCAGGGACGAAGAUAGGAAUAGCAAUGGUUAUGGAAGGGAAAGAGAAUAUGACUAUAGAGCUGAUGACCGCGGGAGGAAUUCUGACUCAAAUAUACGUGAUAGAGAUCAAUAUAGGAGAGAUGGUGAAGAACGCUAUGGAAAAGAUAGUCCCAGGGAUGGUGAUAGUUGGGGACGAAGAAGUGUUGAUGAUCACCGAUAUGGUUCAAGAAGGGAUCAAGAUAAUGAUCACGAUGACAAUGCACGUGAUGGUAGUGGAAGAGGUGAUGACAGGUCUCCAGACGUGAGGCGGCAUGAUCAUAAAUUUUCAGAGCAAGACACUGGUGCACCUCCUAGUUAUGAAGAGGCAGUGAACGAGUCUCAAAGCCCACCAGCUCAUAAUGAUAGGGACCAAGAAACCUCAAAGUCUGCUCCUGCUACUUCAUCUUCGCCUGUUACCAGUGCAACUAGCCAGUCAAGUCCCGUUCCUGGUACUCCAACAUCUGGAAACCAGUUAAUUGGGUCCUUUGAUGCAUUUGAUCCUCGCAGUUCAGUCACAGGAACUUCCCCUCUUUUUUCAGCUGCUCCAACUGUUCCACCAAACAAUACUGAGAUGGACUUACUUGGCUCACUGACGGAUUUUCCUUCAAACCCAUUGGCCAUUAUGCCAGUGGCAUCUGCAAACGUGACUGGAGCCUUCGAGCCUGAUUCCCACAUGAACUCUGGUGCAGGAACCUCGCACGCUAUUAUGUCAGUAGCUAGUGUCAGUAAUCAGAGUUUUGAAGAUCCUUUUGGCGACACUCCUUUUAAAGCUAUGCUUUCUGAUGAUGGUGCCCCUCAAUUCCAUUCUUCUGCUAUGACAGAUUCUCUCCAGUCUUCCCUGCAUCAAAGCCUUGGUCAACCCCAACCUUCUUCCAUGACAGAUCCUCUCCAGUCUUCCCUACACCAAAACCUUGGACAAUCUCAUCCUUCUACUAUGACAGAUCCUUUCCAGUCUUCUCUGCACCAAGGCCUUGGACAAUCCCAAGGAGCUACACCGGAAACAAACCAAGUCUCUACUUCUGAAUUUAGUAAUGGAUUUUCUGCUUCAACUGGUGCAUCUGGCUUAUCCAGUUUGCAAGCACCAUCAGACCCACAGUUUCUUCCAGGGCCAUCCACUAUUCCAGAACCCGAGAUCGAUAUACUGGCAGAUAUUCUACCUCCUUCUGGACCUCCAUCUAACACAGCAUCCCUGCCAACUUAUUCAUUCCCCAGCGACCAGCCUGCGUUGCCUACUCCCUUCUCAGAUCCUGCUCAACCUCACCAAACUUUUACAGCUUUAAGCAAUCAGCCUUCAAAACCAAAUGAUUGCUCCGUCCUUAAUUUGCAACCCCAACCAGGAACUACGGCACCUUUGUACUCAAAUAUGGCUUUCCCGCCUCAAAGUGCACCUACUGGACAGCUUGGAUAUGGUGCCCCACAGGGAGGAUCUACAGCACCUGCUGGUCAGUUAGGCUAUGGGCCCCCACAGGGAGGAUCUGCAGCACCUACUGGACAGUUUGGCUAUGGGAUGGCCCCACAGGGAGGAUCUACAGCACCCACUGGACAGCAUGGCUAUGGGGUUCCACAGGGGGGAUCUACGGCACCCAGUGGACAGCAUGGCUAUGGGGCUCCACAGGGGGGAUCUACGGCACCCAGUGGACAGCAUGGCUAUGGGGCUCCACAGGGGGGAUCUAUGGCACCCACUGGACAGCACGGCUAUGGGGCUCCACAGGGGGGAUCUAUGGCACCCACUGGACAGCAUGGCUAUGGGGGUCCACAGGGGGGAUCUAUGACACCCACUGGACAGCAUGGCUAUGGGGGUCCACAGGGGGGAUCUACGGCACCUACUGGACAGCAUGGCUAUGGGGGUCCACAGGGGGGAUCUACGGCACCUACUGGACAGCAUGGCUAUGGGGGUCCACAGGGAGGAUCUACAUCUCCUUUCUAUCCACAGAUGGCUUCAACAAGCAGUUCAAAUCCGCAGGCUAAUGGUGGUGGAGGCUAUUUUAUAGAGAAUAUAGGGUCUGCUGCUUCUGUUACGACACAAAUUGCUCAGCAAAAUCCAAGUGGGCCAGCUGCUCCACUUGGCAGUGGAAACAUGCAGCAUCAUGGCGUUACAUCCCAGCCAUUAGCUUCACAUGGAGCUUAUCAGGUACAAAAUGGACAUGCUGCACAGCCAAGGAGUGAUGAUUUUCUGGGCAGCAUUCUUCCGCAAGCUGCGCCCCCUCAAGUUCCGUUACAACAAGGUUUUCCAACCUUAACAGAUUCACUUUCAAUAGCAUCUCAACCGUCUAAGGGCAAGUUUGAGACAAAGUCAACAGUCUGGACCGACACUCUUAACAGAGGGCUAGUUGAUUUGAACAUAUCUGGCCCUAAAACAAAUCCACUGGCAGACAUUGGAGUGGAUUUUGAUUCCAUAAAUCGGAAAGAGAAGAGGAUGGAAAAACCUACUACAACUGCAGUGACUUCUACUAUCACCAUGGGUAAAGCUAUGGGAUCUGGUUCUGGAAUGGGCCGUGCCGGUGCGGGUGCCCUCAGAGCUCCAUCGAACCCAAUGGUGAGUUCAGGUAUGGGUAUGAACAAUGUUGGCAUGGGAGGGCCCUACGGAGGAAUCAAUCAACCCAUGGGAAUGGGAAUGGGUAUGGGUAUGGGUAUGAACAAUGCUGGUAUGAAUCCGGGAAUGGGGAUGAGCAUGAACCCUGGGAUGGGAAUGAACCAGGGCAUGAACCCUGGGAUGGGAAUGGGAAUGAACCCGGGUAUGAACCCUGGGAUGGGAAUGAACCCUGGGAUGGGAAUGAACCCAGGUAUGGGAAUGAACCCUGGCAUGGGAAUGAAUAUGGGUAUGGGACAAGGAAUGCAAUUCCGACCACCAGGUGGAUUUCAGCUGGGAUCGAAUGCUUCGGGUAGUUAUAAUCCAAUGAUGAGUGGGUACGCCCCCCAACAAUCAUAUGGUGGUGGCUACCAAUAAUAAACCAAGUUGAAGAUUCACAAGUGUAGCACCAGUUUUACAUGAGAGUGUACCAGAUUGGGAUGGCCAACUUGAUGUGUUGCCAUUGGAAGUUCUUCUUCACAUUGGACAUUUGGUGAAGAGCAAAAAUGCUGCCAUUUCAUUCAUUUCUAUGAAAUCUGCUGGAUGCGAUGUUCAUUUGUUUGAUAUUCUUUGUAUGCUUUAACAUUUCUAGCGACAUACCCCGAGAGUUCUACAGGUGAGUUGCUUGCUGAUCGUAUUCUUAUCACAAUUUGUAUACAAACUGAACAUCGAUAAAUGAGAGGAUAUACCUCGAUUUUUAUUAGCAAC